AUGGCUGAUAUGGAGGUCACCUCCAAGGCUGCUCAGGAGGGCCUGGAAGUUCGCUCUGAGGUUUACACCUCUUCUCUCGAUGAGACCCAUUCGCGCCCCGCUGGAUGGAUGUACAAGCCGUUACGAAUUGGUAAAUUUACUACUUGGUAUGCCUCGCCUGGCUUUCAGCUGGGCAUGGUUGCCUUUGUCUGCUUCAUGUGUCCUGGAAUGUUCAAUGCGCUGGGUGGUCUCGGUGGAGGUGGUAAGACUGACAACACUUUGGCCGAUAACAUGAACACUGCUCUCUACAGUACCUUUGCUGUCAUUGGCUUCUUCGCUGGAACCUUCGUUAACCGUAUUGGUGUUCGCUUGGCCCUGUCCUUUGGUGGCAUUGGUUAUUGUAUCUAUGCUAUCAGCCUGCUCGUUUCAGAGCAUGCUAGUGUUGGUGGUUUCAACAUUUUCGCGGGCGCUUUGCUGGGUGUUUGCGCGGGUUUGUUAUGGGCCGCACAGGGUGCUAUUAUGAUGUCGUAUCCUCCUGAGCACAAGAAGGGUCGCUACUUUGCUUGGUUUUGGGGUAUCUUCAACGUUGGCGCGUGUAUUGGUGCUUUGAUCCCUCUGGGCCAGAAUAUCCACGUCACCGAAAAGAAGAAUGUCACUGACGGUACCUACAUCGGCUUUAUCGUGCUCAUGGCUUUUGGUGCAGUCCUGGCCCUCUUUAUCUGCGACGCGGACAAGAUCGUCCGCCCCGAUGGUUCUCGCGUGAUUCUGAUGAAGGUUCCCACCUGGAAGACUGAGCUGGUUGGUCUGUGGGACACUAUCAGGUCGCAACCGUACAUUAUCCUGCUCUUCCCGAUGUUCUGGUCAUCCAACUGGUUUUACACCUAUCAGCAGAACAGCAUCAACAACGCCUACUUCAACACCCGUACCAAAGCCCUCAACAACUUCCUGUACUGGUUUGCCCAGAUCGUGGCUGCCGUCAUUAUCGGCCCGCUCCUUGAUGUCUCGUUCCUUCGCCGCAGCACCCGUGCCCGCAUCGCUCUCGGUAUUUUGUUCGUUCUGACCAUGGCUAUCUGGGGAGGUGGCUAUGCCUGGCAGAAGGGUUACACCCGUGAGACCGUUGCCGCAGAUGACUUCAAGGCCUGGGACUGGACGACCCCCGGCUUCGAGGGCCCGAUGUUCUUGUACUUCUUCUAUGGAUUCUACGACGCGAUUUGGCAGGGUACCGUGUACUGGAUUAUGGGUGCUCUCGGAAACUCCGGCCGAAAGCUCGCUAACUUGGCCGGUUUCUACAAGGGCCUCCAAUCUGCCGGUGCUGCCGUUAUGUGGUCUUUGGACGGACAGCACAGUAUCCCUUACAUGAACGAGUUCGCUUCCAACUGGGGUCUGCUCAUGGGCUCGCUUCUGUUUGCCGCGCCCGUGAUCCUCUUCAAGAUUCAGGACUCGGUUCCGAUCGAGGAGGAUCUGGAAGGUACCGGCGAGACCAUCGAGGACGUCCUUGCGCCUGGUGCGGUUGAAAAGCAGGCUCUCCAUAAUUGA